GGAUAAGGGGCGGGGCAACUUCAGUUUACUUUCCAUCCUCUGAGAAGCUACUGUACAACCUAUUUAUGUCGAUGUGUAAAACACGUCUGUAGGCAAGCAGAUAAACAGCGGACACCAGUCAGCUCACACCUCCAGCUGCCACCGUGUGGGUUUGUGUCAUCGUCUUCCAGCUGUUGAGACGAAGAUGGAGGAGAAGGAGGAGCAGCCGGAGAGGGGAGACACCGACACACACAGCUUCAGGCUUCACAUGGUGACGUGGAAUGUGGCCACAGCUGAUCCUCCAGACGAUGUAACCGUGCUUCUCAAUCUGAACUCCCCAAAAAGCCCGGACCUCUACGUCAUCGGUUUGCAGGAGGUGUACUCAGGGCCACUGAGAUUCGUGUCAGAUGUUGUAUUCAAUGAUCCAUGGAGUCAUCUGUUUAUGUCAAUCUUAGCACCACGGAAUUACGUUAAGGUGUCCUCUAUCAGAAUGCAGGGUUUGCUGCUGCUCUUCUUCUCCAAACUGCAGCAUGUUCCCUUCAUCAGCGACAUCCAGGCCACAUACACACGUACCGGAAUUUUUGGAUAUUGGGGGAACAAAGGUGGUGUUUCCAUCCGUUUGUCUUUCUAUGGCCACAUGCUCUGUUUCCUCAACUGUCAUUUGGCUGCUCAUAUGAAAUAUGCCACUGAGAGAGUAGACGAGUUCGAGUACAUCAUGGACACGCAAACGUUUGCAUGUAAAAAAACUCCAAGAAUUGCUGACCACAAUCUGGUCUUUUGGUUCGGAGAUCUCAACUUCCGAAUUCAGGACCACGGCAUGCACUUUGUCCGCACCUGUAUCAACAAUCAAACCUACAACCUGCUGUGGAGCAAAGACCAGUUGAUCAUGAUGAAGAAGAAAGAACAGACACUUCAGGAGUUUGAGGAAGGCCCUCUGGACUUUCAACCCACGUACAAGUUUGACUUGAACUCUGAUACCUAUGACAGCAGGCAAGUUACUCAUAAAUUUACUUUUUUUAAUCCCCUCCAUCUUAAGUACCUGCUUCUUAAAAUAUUAUCUUGUAUAUAUUUCCUCUACACCUCUUUUCAACUUCACAGGCUCUACAAGACAUGGUUUGGCUUUAAUGGGAAGAAACGCAAACCUGCCUGGACAGACCGGAUCCUGUGGCGGCUCCGGCCCAAAGACUUAACCUCUGAUGAACAAGAUGACAACUCGGAGGUAGUGAAGAAGGUCAAGGAGCUGGAGGAGAAGGAGGAGGACGAGUACCCUCUGAGGAUCAGGCAGGACAUGUAUACCAGCAACAUGGAGUUUACCAUCAGUGACCACAAGCCUGUCAUUGGCAUCUUCACACUUGAGCUGAGGAAGAUGUACGAGACUCCUCUCGUGCAUCUGCAGGCGGAGGGUGAAUGGUGCGCAGACAUUGAUGCCAUGGUCCUUUACAGCCCUCUGCAGCCCUUCCGCUCCAGUUCAUGGGACUGGAUUGGACUUUAUAAGGUUGGAUUCUCCAGUUUGACAGACUACAUCACCUACACGUGGGUCAAAGACGAUGAGGUGGCUUUCAAUGAGGAAGUCAUACAGGUAUAUGUUAGUAAAGAGGAAAUCCCUGUGCGUGGAGGAGAGUGUGUGCUGUGCUACUACAGUAAUACUCUGCGGGGCAUCAUUGGAAUCAGUGAACCAUUCAAGGUCCACGAGUCCAAGGUAGCCAAUGAGGAAGGCUUGCUACAUGACCAGAUUACCAGACUAGACAGAAUUGUAGCAAGUUAAGGUGUUCGAGACUGAUCUCCAGGAGUCAUAGCUUUGAUUUAGUGUAAAGAUGAAACAGUUUGGACCUGGAUUUCCUGAACUAUGACCAGAUUUUUCAUAACUGUGCUUCUUCACCGGUCAGUGAAAGAGCAGAUUAGGAAAUGCCCCACUGGCCUCUCUAAUGCUACUGGAGUAGUUUACUUAACACCCCUGUGGUCAGUACACCUUUUUUGUACAACUGGUUCCUAUGGUCACAUUCUCUCUACGUGUGUUAACAAGAGUCUGAGCUCUGAAAACCUGCGACUGGGCACAUUACACUGGAAACUUAGAAUUAAUUUAGCUUUAGCCGGAGCAAAGAACUGCCAGCUUUAUCUUGUGGGCUAAAAUGUGGUACACAGUGAAUGUCAGGUGAAAGGAAGGGGUCAGGUAACUUAAUGUAGUUUGACCUUUGUAUUCGGCCUGUUUAUAAAAAUAAUCUGCAGAUGGAGCUUCAGCAAAGGCUGAGACCAAUGAUGGUUUAUUGAGAUGGGCGACUUGACUCUAGUUCCUCCCCAUAGUACAAAAAUGUAACCAAAAUAUCUCUGACACAGAGGCUAUCUUGUGCUGGUGACGUUAAUUAAAGCCAGAGUCUUUGCAGUAGUAUGAAGCUGCACUAGAAAGGUCAUGCUGAUACCUGCCUGUCCAACUGUAAAUCAAUCUCAGCUGUCAAUCAUAACAUUUCACCCUGUUUUAUACCAUCAAAUAACUAAUGAACUUAUCUGAAAAGAAACACGUCAGUGUGAUAAGAACGACCUAAAAUGAUAGAAAUCAUCUAAAGGAACAUUUAUUUGGUGUGUGAUUUGACUUUUUAGCUUGGUCCAUUUGCCAGCUGCUAACAUGGAGGGUGUGUGUGUUGGUAACCUGCAGCCAACCACCAGGGGGCAAUCUUAAGGUUUUGGCUCCACUUUUAAAAACUGUCAUGUCGUCCAUCUUUAUAUGUAAGUCAUUGGCUGAAAUAUAAAGCUCAUUCAGCCUGUAAGUGUACUAAGAGUUCAGUUAAGACUCACAGGUUUUGACUUUUAUUUCCAGAUAUUUCAUAUCUGGAAUAUCUUUCGCCUGCUAUCAUCUCUAAUUUCGAUCUCAAAGUCACUCCUAAUAUCUCCAGGAUAUUUGUCUUAACUUAAAUGGGUACAUUGCAAAUCUACUUCAGCAUACAUUUUGAUGGUAUUAAUUUCUCAAAAUUUAAACAAAUCCACGUUAAAAAAAAACGGCUCAAAUUGUAGCCUACAGGUAACUCAUUCACAUCUCACACUUGAUUUUGUCUGUGGGGGGUGCACUGUGUUAGACUGAAAAGCCCUGAGUUGGAUGUAAUGAAAAAGUAGUAGGUUAAGUGUGUUGUAGGAUGUGUUACGGCCUGCUGCUUUGUGUGAACAGUUCAAUGCGUUAGUUCAAAGUUAAAGGCUGUGCUCAUGAAGAAACGUUUGAAGACUUCCAAAUGCUGUCAGAGCUGCCUUCAUGAGGCUGAAGGAAUAGUUGGAAGUUUAAGUAAGUUGAGAACAAACUUAUUACACUGAAUAAAAGGAAAAGGGAAAUGCAAAGGUAACAAAGCCCAUUGGCAAUUUGUGUUUUCAAUUGCUAACAAGGUUAAUGCAUGGUUCACUGCUGAAGCAACCGUUCAUUGCUGAAUUAGCAAACAUUCAGAGGUGGGUAUCCAUGAAUCACUCUCGUAACUAGAUUGUCUUAACUUGAUUUAGGUUAAGGCUUAAGUUUCCAUGUGCUCAGUUGAGUCUGUCCUAAAUCUUUGGAUUAAAAAGGAUUUCCUGUUGAAGGGGAAAUCAGAGCUUCGUAUCUGUGGGAGAGAAUUGUCAAAAAGAAAUGCUGUAUUUAAAAUAAGGAUCGAGUCAGUUUAUAACCAGCGAAUGUUACCUCAAACUGUUGACGUUUAUAGAACCACUGAACAUAAAGUUGUUCAGUCACAUAUCUCAUUACCACCAGGGAGCUGGUAGCUCUGUCAGCUGCCAGGAUCCAGAGUCUUAUAAAUGAGGAUUAAAUGGGUCCAAUGUCCCGAUCUUCUACAAAACAUGUGAAUCACAUAGAGAAAUGUGUGUGACAUUUUAUGCUCUUUGUUGAAACUUGGCCUUCUCCACUCAAAUUGGAGAGGAAACUGAAAUGGCACUUUAGUUUGGUGAGCCCACACACUUAUUUUACUGACGUAGUUUUUGGUACUAGAUAAUGACUGAAAAAAACUUUUAAGGGCGGAAAUUAAGUGAAAUUCAAAUUUAUGGAAGUGAAGAAUUCCUUGUGUAAGAUUAUCUAAUUUAAUAUGUUUCCUAUCCUGAAAUGAUUGCUGUGUAUUGAAAGCUGGACCUUUUUGUGGUUUUAAAUGUUUAUUAAUUUAAAUAUGUUAAUAGUAGAGUUUGUUACUUUGCUGUGUGAGUGGACUGAUUCUAGGAAGAUAAGAAAAUAUGUAUAAGUUUAGAUUUUCUCCUCAUAGUAUUGUAAAAUAAACGUGUUUGCUCUUGGAGAACUUGAAACAUAGAUAUAGAAAAUAAAACUUUGACUUUUUGAAGAUUGCUUAUGACUCAUUUUCAGCUCGCUGCCUCGUUAACCUACCAGCAUUUCUUCCGAUUUAUAGUAACCCUCCCACCCAAGUUCUGUUUGUGGCAUAACAGUCAGAUGGAGAACUCCAUGAUAUGUUACACUGAUGAUUGUUAUAAAUAAGUACAGACAGCUUUACUCAUUUUUAUUGGUGUGUUUUAAGAGAAACAUUAGGAUUCAGCAAGUGCCUUUGAAAUGAUUGUCGCUUUACAAUUACUGUACUUUACUAUGCUGCUCAAUUUUGAAACAAUGUGUACUAUUAAUAUACAUACGAUUAUUUGAUCAUAACACGGCGUGGUUUUCAUGGCCUUUUCUUGUUAGGAGAAAUUUUGGUUUUUAGUAUUGCUGUUCUGAACUUUCCGCUCUCUUUUGCUGAAUGCUACUGGCUUGCUGGAAUGAAUUAUAUUAGCUGUUGUUUAUUUUAUUUUAUUUUUCUAACUAAAGAGAAACAUAUUUUCUCAAGUAGUGAUGAAACGAAAUGUACUGUAACAGAACCAACAAAUGUAUGGCAGAUAUUAAAGUACUUAUAUAUGA